GUGAGAGCCUGCAGGGAGGGUGGAGUAAUACGAAGCCCUGUCUCCAGUCUGCCUCCACCCUUACUCUGCUUCCUGGUUUCAUUCCUUCAAACUGACAGAGGCCUCUUUUAAGGUAACGUGACUGUAGAAUAUUAGUUUGGAACACGGAGAACAUCCCAAACAGAAUGUUAGUCUGUACAAUAUCACACAUGGGGGUUUGUACCAAAACUGGAGCAAACUGUGCAGAACACGCAGGAUUUUAGGGUAUUAAUUAUGGAGACGAUCCAUUUCCUAUUGGCACAGUCUGCUAAAGGGAACGUAGUGAUGUACUGCUCUGCAUCAGAUUAAUACACAUUGCUGCAGGCCGGGUAAUGGGUCAUUCAUUAAACUUAGUAUUGUUAGGAUGUAACCAGGAAGUAUUGUAGGCCAAAAAAAAAGCUUAGCUGGGAAAAAAGCAGAUUUGUCCGGUAUUAUUGUACUGCUUUGCCCUGCGACAUAUUCAAUAGGAUUUAUAUUCAUGUUGUACAAAAGCAAAACAAAGUGGGUCAGCAACUUUUUUUCAAUAUGCGGGCUGAAUGCCAGGUCUGUCAAUGGAUGGAAAAACUCCUUAAUCUAUAUAGCUAAAUUCAGAUAAUAGUCAAUGGCUCUUUAAUUUGGUAUCCUUAUGUGGGAUUGCCAUAAUUAAGGAUACCGAAUUAGAGCUAUCUAUUAAACAGAUUCAACUUAAGGAAAAGCCCUUUUCUUAUAGGAACAUUAAAGGGAUACAGAGCACUUAAUCAACACUCUGGGUGCAGUGUCUGUCUGUGGUGUUUUAACCCUGCAAUCUAAAACAUUGCCAUUUAGUAGAUACAACAAUGGUUUUAACGGAGAGUCAAGCACACCUCUAGUGGUGGUCUUUUGGCAGCCACUAGAGACGCGUUCGCACUCCUAACAGUGUUUGACUUUAUGUGACGUUCGACGUCCUCGAGGAAUACAAAUUUCAUCAAAUGCUGAUCAUAGAGAAGCAUUUGGUUCAAUACUUGUAUUUGAAUGGGCUUGUGCCAGGGGAUUUUUUUUUCUCUCUACAAGAAGCAUUGGAUUGGACAAGAAGGCAAUGAAGCGAUGCCUGAUUGUUGACGUCGUGGAAAGUGGAGCAGGCAACCUCUGAGUGAGUCACAGCCGUGGAAAAAUAAGUCAAAUCCUUCAACGUUUUAUUUAUUUUACUAAAUUUAUUUUAAGUAGGGGGUGACCUCUAAUUUUUUUUUUUAUAGUUAGGGGACACUAUAGCUUUAGGAAUUCAUGUGUGGUGUCCUCCUACUAUGGAGUGCCUUAAUCUGUUUAGUAGAUAAUUUAGUCCCUAACUUGCUAUCCUUAUGUUGGAUUGCCAUAUACAAGGUUACCAAAUUAGGGAGCGAUCUCCCAAAUAGCUCCCUAAUCGGUUAUCCUUGGAUAUGGCAAUCCUCCAAGGAUACCAAUUUAGGAAGUUAAGCCCUUUUCUUAAUUUUUAAAUUUUUUUUAAAAAUUCUUUAUUUUUGUAGUGCAAGUAUAUAAUACAGGCUGGCAAGAGGUGCCCCGAAAGCAGUCCUCUGGCUUUUCCCACGUGUAACAUGCGGGGUACAUGAAUAACAAGCAAAAAUUUUUGAUUUAGUCAGACUUAAUCAUGUGGAUUGAAACGUAGAAUUUAAAUAUAAUUAAGUUAUACAAUGCUAUUUUUACCAACUGAAAGAGGAAUACUAAGGCUUUAACAUAGAACUGUAGUUACUCAAUUACAGGAGAUAAUACCACUGGUUGGGUAGCUUAAUCAGUAAAGACAGUCCAUUAGGGUCCCCUAAUAGAGUAAGUGUUGUUAACCCGCAACCCAAGCAUGUAUGGCUUGCUAAUGUACAGUGCUGACCCCUUCUGAGGAGCGACAUAAGAAUUUUAAAGUGAUGUAAGCAAUUUAAAACGAGAGACAGGACAAGGAUCAUAAGCUACCGGCCUACAAAACAGUCUAUCUUCGACAGGUUUACUUGGGUCUGCUCAGCCAAUACCCGCAGAUGGAAGGCAAUUGAUCGCGUGUGAUUGUCCAUUAUGUUGUGGACGGCAUGUUGUGGUACUGAGCCGGGCAGCUGCAGGAACAAGCUUCCAGCUCUCCAGUGUUGCGGCAGGUUUCCCGCCAUGCAGGUAAUGCUUGCCUCUUCCAGGGCGGCUCGUCGUGACACGUUUGGCGGAGAACAGUAAGCGGCCACCGCCGCGGCCCCUGUCUUCCUCUCCUCGCCUUCAGGACGCGACGGCUGUGCGCCCCCUGCAUCCGGUGCCUGGGACUCCCGCUUUGUGAUGUCCCAUGCUGGCCACGUUUGCAUGGACCCACCUUGUGGUGCUGGUCCGCGGACCCGAGCGGGGGGAGUUCGCCUGGGCUAGUAGGUAGAGUGGUGAGCGUGCGUUUACUCAGCUUCACCCAGAACUGAGCGCACAAUUUGUCAAAGGCCUGCAGGAGCGGGUCAGCAUAGGUAAUUGCUUGUGGGAAGGGCUGUGUAGUCUGCGGUACAACGGCCAUCUUGGGUAGUAGGUUACAGCCUCGUGUAUCGCUAUCCUUGCGUGAGUUUGCCAUAUUUAAAGAUUCCAAGUUAGGAUGUUUCCUACCAAACACACACCCUCCUUAGGCUGCCUUUAAAUUUAGAAUUGUCAGGGAUUCAAAAGUGAAUUUUAAACUUAAUUCAAACUGAAAACAGACUUAACUUGGAGAAGUUUUCAAACUACAAUUUUUUAUUUUUUUUUACGUUUUAUUUUAAAUUUGAAUCUCACUUUAGUAAAUAAAUCUGUAUCAGAUGGCACUUUGCAUUUUAAAUACCCUCUGCAGUGUGACAAGGGAGUGUUGUUCUGAAGUGUAUUGUGCAUUAUUCUACAUUGUAUUGGUACACUCCACGCCACACUCUGGAAACCUGCUCUGCAGCACACGAAUACCGCAUAUGACCGGAAAGAAUUGCUCCACUAAACUUUCAUAUGCUUAUGUGGGGUUUAUUCACCAAACAGUCACUUAGUGAAUUAAAACAUUAUUGCAGAACAGAAACUGAAAUAGCCAAGAGGUGAACAUAUUGGAGAAUUUCUAACCAUUACGCAUGUUCUCCUAAACUUUGUAAUUCUUUUUUUAGCCAACUACAACUUACUGUUUAUAGUGACUAAUCAUUGGCAAUGCAGCUUUCAGGUUCGCCCUGUUAUGCAAUAUUGGGCUGCAUGUGCACUGACAAAGGAAUGCUGUUAUCAUAAAAUGGUUAUUUUAUUAACCAAGAAGAUUAUAAACAUAUGUAAAACUCCAUAAAAACAGUCUGGCUUAAUCUCAGUCUGCUUCAUCCUCUGGCAUCCCCACCCUUUUUAUUGAUCUAGCCUAUGUCACUUUCCCUUUAACGGAAGAUGAGAUAUAGAUAGAUUUAUUUUUAAACUCCCUUCACUAGGAAGAUUUCCACGAUCAGGAAAGAGAUCUCAAAUCUCUCUCUCCUACCCCUGUCAAUACUUCCCUCUUUCCCCCAACCCCCCUUUCUCCCUUUCCUCUGACAUAUUUCCUUUAUCCAUUAUGCAUGCUACCGUAACCACAAUUAUAAAAUGACCAAUCUUGACCCUAACUCCCCAUUGAACUACCUAGAGAGAGUUGUGUAUGCUCCAUUGACAGACUUCCUUAAAUCCAACUCUCUGCUUGACCAUCUUUAGUCUGUAUUUUGCACUCCUCACAUGUCGAAAUGGCCCUGACCAAAAUAUCCAGUGAUUUAAUUUCUGCUGCUAAAUCCAGUGGUCACUACUCUCUCUGACUUUCCUUCUGCUUUCUACAUUGAUCAUCUACAACUCUUUUGCUCCUCCAUAAUCUUGGUCUACAAAACUUUCUCCUGGUUCUCCCUAACUCUUUCAGUGUUUCUUUCUCUGGCUCUUCCUCUUCCCCUCUGUCCGUGUUCGUAAAUGGUUUUUGUCCCUGGUUCCCUACUGUUGUAAAAACAUCUGCUCCAUUGGCUUCCAAUAUCACUUCUAUGCAGAUGACACACAUCUGUUUUCUCCUGAUUUCUCUUGCCGUCCCUCUUGAUUUGUCUCAGACAGCCUGUCUGCUAUUUGUAACUGUAUGGCUAUUCAUUUACUUAAACUUAAACUGUCCAAAACAGAACUUGUCUUCCCAUCCUCAAGUGUUGCUGCUACUUACUGUCUGUCAAUCCAAGUCAAUGGCACUACCAUCAGCUCUACCUCACAGGCUUGCUGCGUAAGUGUUCUUUGACUCAGACCUCUCCUUCACCCCUCAUGCUCAGUCACUCGUCAAAUCCUGCCUCUUCCAUCUCAAAAACCUAACUCUCAUUUGCCCCUAUCGAAUGACAGAUGUGAUUUAAGGUGCUGGUCCAUACCACUGUACUCUCCUGCCUUCAAUACUUCAAUCAGCUUCUCAGUAGUCUUGCACAUUCUCAGCUUGCCUUGUUAGCCUAUCUUGAAUGUAGCAGCAUUGCUAAUCCUCCUGUCCAGCCAUACCUCCUAUGCCCCCUUACUCUGUAACUCCGUACACUCACUUCCCAAAUUCUGGUACUUGCUUACAAAUCUCUACACAACACUGCUCCUACCUAUCCUCACUAAUACACAAGUAUGCCCUGUCCAGACCACUACACUCUGAAGACCUGCGUCUAUCCUCUGUUUGUACUUGCACCUCUGAAACCCACUUAAGAGACUUCUCUAGGGCUGCACCGUUCCUGUGGAACUCCCUUCCCAUCUUUGUUAGACUCUAACCCAAUCUCUGUUCCUUUUCCUUGAAAACUCACUUCUUUAGGAAAGAAAAUGUUAAUAGCAUUCCCACCUUAGUAAUCCAUACUGCUUCUGUGUGAUCGAAACACAAAUCCUUCAUUGUAAACUAUUAUAGUAACCUACAUUUACUCUUUCCUGUACAUUAACUACAACCUACCCCUACCUCUUGUCCCUUUACCCCACUCCCUCUAGAAUGUAAACUUGUUUGAGCUCAUCAGUCUGUUCCUGUGCGUUCCUGUGCGUCCAACUUAUCCUGUUGCAAACACAGCACUACAGAAGUUUGUUAGCGCUUUAUAAAUAACAAUAUAUGUGCAAUUUAUCAUUUCUUUUUUAUUAAUUAGAUUACUGCCCUUUUAAAAAAAUAAAAAAAAAAUGUUUUUUUAAAUGAAACGACUGGCUGCUGGUACAAAUGGCAACACUGUGUUAGAGCUCCGCAAAAGCAGUCAAACCCAACCAAAAAUAAGCAGCGAACAGUCAGCGACUGAACCCCGGCAGUACGGAGAAGCAUGGGAGGUGGCGGAAAGUCAAAGCACAAUGCAGCAGUAGCCCCGAUCUGUCGCAGCGAGUGGGAAUCGCCACGUGGCAAUGGCAUCCCGGACUUGGACUCUGGCUCUGAGAUAAGUGAUCACAGCCGCUCUCUGGACCAAGCACCACUCCCCAAAAGAGACCUUUUGGUCAUCAAGAGACCUACAAAGCCUACUGAUGGACAUAAAAACUAACAAUUUAAUAAAGACCUGGCCCCUGUCAGAGAAGGAAUGGUGUACCUGUCCAGGAGGACCUCUAAAAUGGAGGACAAGAUGGAGCAGGUAACCUCAGACUCCUCUACCCAAGUGUAAGCCAUACAAGACCUCGGGGAACAGGUCGGAGCAUUGGAAGACGCACAGGAGGACCUCCAUAACCGUUCCAGAAGGAACAAUAUUAGGAUCCAGGGGCUCCCUGAAACUGUAACCAUUGAAAUGACCAGCUACACUCCAGGAAACGUUUUGUGGCCUACUCCCUGAGGCCCCUCUAGCGGAGUCGCUCAUUGACAGAGCUCACAGGGCACUGUGGGCUCCCUCCCUAUAUACCUCCAUGCUGUGGGAUGUCAUAGUGCAGAUGCACUAUUUUCACAUCAAGGAGGCAAUCAUGAGAACGGCAAGAGACACCGCUUCCAGGAUAUGGCCCCAAGCACCCUCUGCAAGUGCAGGGAAUUGCAACCACUCACACAAGCACUAACUCAAAGGAGGAUCCGAUAUGCCUGGGGUCAUCCAUUCAAACUACUUAUACGCAAGGACAAUCCGACUCAUGCACUCCACCAUCCAAUGGAAAUGCACAGAUUUGCAGAAGAGCGCGGGAUCAUCUCCAACUCAACCAGGCAGCUCUGGAAGAUCCCCCAGGAGUAGACCGUCAGCCAUCCUCCUAAUAUCGGACCCAGCUUUGCCAACUCCAGAUGACCAGCUAAAACUUUUCCUUUCCUCACACCACAAAGGACGCUAUACAGCAUAAAGACAGGACAAUGACACAACGAAUAGGAGACGGAGUAAUUAUAUCCACGAACAUUAUCCAACCUGAGCUAGCCUUACCUCACUCUGAAGCACAUGGCAACGAGGCAGGCAGAAAUGCAACCAUGUAUAGCUAUUGGUUCAUAAAAGCUGAACUCUGCUAUUGCUACCCCUUCCAAGCCAAUGUCCCUUAACCCUGCACACACAGCCUCCUCCCCUCUCUGAUUCCUUAUUGUAUUAAUGUAGCAUCUCAUUCCACUCCAGGAGUUUUCAUGUGAAAAAGUUCGUACGGCUAUCUAAUGGCCACAAUAAUGCCAAUGGGGUUGUGAUAAUGACACACCCGACAAGACACCCUGCACCACUGGGCUGAGCACUUAACACUGGGUUAUACCCUGCAUGGACACACAAAGCAGGGCAUUAACCCCCAAGCUCCCCGCUUGCCUCUCCUCCCCACUGUGGCUUAUCAGCUCCGAUCGUGGAGCUCCCCGCACCACCAGACUAAGCGGGCACUUUAAGCAAAUAUGCUCCCCCAUAACACCGCACCAACAUUUAGGCUGCCCUCCAAAGCAUACUCCCCGCCCGCCACUUAACACGCACCGAAGAGGAUGGGGACCCGACACACAUGGGGGGGUCGAGCAUUACCACUCAGAAGGCUUCUCAGCCCACAAUUACCCACUAGGCCAGUGUCUUAUUUGCAGCCCCACAAUGCAGAGCUGCACACCAUACAACUAGAAAAGGUUGAGACUGAAGCUCCCCAAUCAGAAAGCACAACCUCCAUGCCUCCCUCCCGCACACCUGGAAAGUUGGCAAAGCUGACAAAAUAAGAGUUACUGGUUUUGCACUGUUUUAUGUACUGUUUAUCAGCAUGCCUAAGUUCAAGACUAGAUGCCGAGGUCUCUGUGCAGCUGGAUAUAUAUGUUCCCUUACUCCUGAGGGAAAACACAGCUGAGGACGCCCGCCGGACCUUCCCUGGCCCCCUCUUUCCCAGAAAGAGAGACUGGAGGAUGGGGUUGGGGGACUCUGGGCGGGGUGUGGGAGCUGGUUCUGCACGGUUUAUGUUGAUGUACUGUUGAUUUUUAAGUAUGCCACUGUUCAUGAACUGUUGCCAUACGUUCCCGCACUCCUAUUGGAUUGGAUGUCCCCAGGCCCCCUCCCUCCUAGAAGGAGGACCUAAGGGAUGAGGCUGGGGGACGCGACGUGGGGCGGGUUGUGGAAACUCACACCAGUCCCCAAGGUCACUAGCUUUUUCAGAGUUUGACCACUCUACUAGGUAAGCCUGCACACGACUCUGACAGACUGUCAAUUACCUCUACUCACCCCUUUCACCACCCCAGAGCUCAAGAGGAUCUUCCUGGUAGCCUCCUCCGUAAUCUACUGGCCCAUCGGAUAAGCCCAGUAGCCUACACUCUAACAUAUAAGUGUCGCCUGGCUUCCCGGCCCUUGAUAAGUGUCGCCUGGACUCAAACCUUCAUAGCCAAACAGCGACUCCCUGAGCCAAAAUGCCACUCACUUUAAAAUGUGUCGGUCAAUGCCAAGGAACUUAACUCCCCCACCAAAAGCAUGCCUUAAUGAGAUGAACUCACAAACAAAACCAACAUUCUUAAAUUAGAGGGACAAAGGUUUAAAAAUAAUAUCAGGAAGUAUUACUUUACUGAGAGGGUAGUGGAUGCAUGGAAUAGCCUUCCAGCUGAAGUGGUAGAGGUUAACACAGUAAAGGAGUUUAAGCAUGCGUGGGAUAGGCAUAAGGCUAUCCUAACUAUAAGAUAAGGCUAGGGACUAAUGAAAGUAUUUAGAAAAUUGGGCAGACUAGAUGGGCCGAAUGGUUCUUAUCUGCCGUCACAUUCUAUGUUUCUAUGUUUCUAUUCUCCUAUUACAAGAGACACAAAUCACAGCCAACAGGUCGUUUCCUCUCACAAAUAGAUACUAUAACUGCAGUUUCUUGGCAAACUCACCAGACACCAAAAUGAAGGGAGUGGCCAGAAUACUGAACAUCUUGCCCCCUACCAGGAUUAACAUGCAACACAGACCCGCAAGGCCGUUUCAUUACAGUGACAGGCAACAUAGGGGCAGCAAACUACGCCUUCAGAACACUAUACGCCAGGACUUCGCCGGAUCCCGAGGUUUGGCUCCAAUACACAACACACCUGCAGGCAUAUGCAAACACUCCAAUCAUUAUUGCUCCAAACACUCCAAUAGAAAUGUUACCCUAUUCAUCCAAUUUUUAGAAACCCAGAACCAAGUAAACGUCUGGAGAGCUCAACACCCCUCCACGAGAUUUUACUUUUCACUCCCACCCACAUGCCUCCUAUUCACACAUUGACCACUUCCUGAUCUCCCCAUGCUUACUCCCUCAAAUCGUCAACACAGACAUAUGCACGAUCUCCUGGUUGGAUUACACUUAUCACGACUAUCCCCCAACUUAAGCGACAGUGGACAUGGAAACUAAAUCCACUACUCAUACAUGACAAACUAGUCACUGACGAAAUGGCCAAAACUAUCAGACUAUUUUGAACUCAAUGCCAACCCAGAGACAUCCCCAAUAACCCUAUGGGCUGCACACAAAGCAGUCAUCACGGCACCCUUAAUCAGCCUUUGUAACUGCAAAAAAGCGCCAAUGACAACAGCAACUCACAGAUGCUAUGACUGAACUAUGUCGUACAGAAGCAAGACACAAACGAGACCCGCAAAUAUCCACUCUGACCCAACUAAAUGCCAUUAGAGAUCAGGUGAAACAACUCUCACACAGGCCGACACGGCGAAAGCCCUCAUGUGGCUCAAACAAAAAUACUAUGAGAAAGGCAAUAAAGCGGACUCUAUGCUGGCAUGUCGCCUCAAACAUAGAGUAGAAUCGAAAAGGAUAGACAAAAUACACACCCAGUUGGGACAACUUAGCAACGUCCCAGAACGAAUAGAUUGAACAUUCCAGAAAUACUUUGCAGCCCUGUACAACCACUCCCCCUCCCUAACACCGGACAAUGCUUUGUACCGGGCGGCCAUUAAUACCUUCCUAGACAAACUAAACCUUCCCCAGGAAACUAAAACGCCAAUAGGGGCUGAAGUAACAGAAGAAAUGGCGGCGGCCCUCAAAACCUUCAAGCACAACAAGAGCCCUGGCCCAGACUGGUAACUGGCCUUGUACUAUAAAGAAUUCAGUCAAAUUCUCCUACCACACCUCACACAAGUAUUCAACGACUUGCUGAAGGGAGACACUCCCAGACGACAUGGUUGUAGCGGAUGGCACUGGGCUGUCCUGGAAAUUUCAUGUAUUUUAAUGUCUUCGGUUAAAAUUGCAAUGUUAUAUGUGGAAAUGUAUGCAGUAUUUGCCUGAUUGUUCGGUAGAAUCAUUCUAGCAAUUAUGGGAAUGAAACAGUCAGACCUCCCCAGUGUGAAGUGUGCCUGCAAUUACCGGUUGCAACAAUGUUGCGAACCGGUAAUUGACAAUCUGUGCAGUGGGUCCUUUGUUCUCGGGGGUGGCCGCCAUUCGGGAAACGAACACGUGGCGGCGGCCAUUUUAAAACUCCCGAACAGCGGUGUUUUGCCGUCGAGUGUCUGGAACCCAAAUCGGACACUCAGCUGGGCAAACACCGCUGAGACCUCCACACCUACCUUGUAUUCGUUUCCAAACUACCGAAUGGCCCCCUGUUCGGUAGAAAGAAACAACCGAACAAGGGGAUUCAUGUGAACUCUCCCUGAUCUCUGUAACUCUAACAAUUCGUGCAGUUUGUUCCCUUGUACUGUGAACGACCGCAGGGCCCCAUCUCAUGGAACCCAUUUCGGCUGUUCUCUCAAGCGCGGUCGGUCUUUUCAUUACCUCCACAGAUUUCCCGAACCCCUGGUCCGAUCUGGGUGAUUUUUGGAUAUGUUACUCACCCAUAUCAGGGCUACCAGGGGAUGUGACAUUUAAAGGGGUACCCCUAAGUUUAGGGGUACAUCCAGAAACUGGGGGAAUUUGUAUACUGUAUAAGGGGAUUAUGAGUCAGGCUAAGGGGAGGAGAUGUGUGGGAGGUUACUCGAGGAUGAUUGGACACUGUACUAAUUACUGUAAAUCCCUCGCUUGCAUGGGAGCAUUUAUAAGGCCACUGUGUGAAUAAAAGUUUAGUUCUGCUCCUGAUGCUGUGUCGUCCAGUUAUUGGGAUUGCUGUUGGGUUAUUGCUGGAUUAUUUUACCUGCUGGAAACCUUGCCUUAUGGAUUUAUAAUACUUGUUCCUGAGCCUCACUGGGAUCUUAAGCGGAGAUAACUUGUGGAAUACUAGAUCUCUGCUACAAUGGUCGUGGCAUGUAUAUGCCUCCUUCCAAAACCAAAUAAGGACCAUUCGGAUCCGGAACAUCUCUCUCCUCAACGUGGACCGCAAGAUACUAACCAAAAUAAUGUCUGAUAGACUAAACCCUUGCCUAGAAUCGAUGGUCCACCCAGACCAGGUUGGCUUCAUCCCCAACAGGCAAGGGUCGGAUAACACCCACAGAAGCAUAGACUUGAAAUGGGCAGCGCAACACAGAAGAAUCCCAAUUGCAGUCAUUUCGCUAGAUGCCGAAAAGGCGUUCGAUCGCCUUUUAUGGCCAUUUCUCUACCAAACCCUUGCAUGCUUUGGAUUUCUGAUGGCUUUCAAACCCUUCCUUUCUGAUGGCUAUUUAUCACAACCCGCAAGGAGCACUCCUCCUCCCUAACAUAACCCCGCCAUGCUUCCUAAUCACCAAUGGCACGAGGCAGGGGUGCUCUCUCACCCCUUCUUUUCGCCUUCUCACUCAAACACUUCUACAGGUGAUGCGUGCCAGCCAGGAGGUCGGAGGAAUCCUUCAAAGUUGCAGCAUAUUCCGGAUGACGUUUUGCUAACUUUAACGAACCCCGAAAAAUCCAUAGUGGACAGACCUAUUCUGCACUAAGCUGAUACAAGUUAAAACUUCUACACGUUCACAUCGACAGACCAUGCCUAGAACGCCCAAGGGAACUAUUCCCAUUUCACAUCAGCCCCUCUACUAUCGCAUAACUGGGUAUCCAACUAACAAACGAUGUAGCAAACCUUUUUAUGAAGCGAACUACACACCCCCUGCUACAAAAAGCACACAAAGACCAGGUGCAAUGGCGCACCAUGGGGAUAUCUUGACUGGGUUGCGUCGCCUCAAUGAAUCUCCUACCUAGAUUCCUUUACAUCUUUCAGACCCUCCUCAUACCAUUCCACAAACUAGAUCUCAAGGCCCUCCAAGCGGCAGUCGACUCCUUCGUUUGGAACGAGUACACACAGAGUACGGAAAACUACGCUCUACGUUGUCUCCCUAGCUUCGCACACUACCUAACAGCAGCAUAUUUAGCCCAAAUUCAACAAUGGCACCUAACAAGUAAAGAUGGGUGGAUCUUACAAAGUAAUCUGGACAGAGUGCACCAUUCCUUCCCACCGUGAGGGCGGGGGUCCAGACGAUACCCCCUGACCUCUCAGCUGCCCUUUACUCUCUCGAUCCCACUGCCCUUUUGACCCUCUUCUGACUUCCCUCUCCCCCGCCCUACACAGAUGACACAUACUCAUCUAGGCAAACACUGACUGACCCAGGAUCCGAAGCAGACCAAACGUGCUCUGGUGACAUCAGGACUGCACGCAAUAAGCCCAAUCUAUUAUGACAACCCACCAAAGCGAAACCUUGGAAAAGACAGACAACAGCAUUUAAGACAAUACAGUCUUAAGAAAUCGAAGGACACUGGCAGCAGCCUGGCCUUAAUUCCUAAAUAAAGAGAUGGCUAACCAUCCCAACAUUAGCAACCGAUCCCUUUACCACGGGCCCGCCACCAUCCCAACUAACAUCCGGCUCUACAGACAUGAAUAACGUAAAACAAACAACGGAUAUUAAGCGAAAAACAGCCGGCCCUCUUAUACACAAUGGAAGUGGGUCUCGAGCAUGGUAACUAAUUACAAAAAAUAAAAAAUGUUCAGUAGGGGCAAGACCUUUUGAUUUUCUUUCUGGGUCACGUGCCAUAGAUAUGAGCAUGGUCAACACAGAUUCAAUCAAACUAUACUAAUUGUGAAAUGCUGACUUCAUAUGUUUUUAUUCUCUACACCUUGUGCAUCUGUUAGAGCACUUACUCCUUGCUGACUCCUUCUUUUCAAUACUGUCCCCAGUGAAACUGGUGGGUUCAAUUGAAGGUGCUGUGAGCUGCACUUUUCUCCCUCCCCUUGUGUACACACUUCCUAAUGCAUGAUCUCCCAAAUGUGACCGGAGAGUAAGUCACUCAUUAACCAGAGCUAAUGGUGACCACAGGAACCCUGUCUCAUUUAGCUACUUAGCUUUAUUCUGCAGGACUUCACGAUCCACCAUGGAAGGCGUAAUAGGUACUAAAAACUAGACCGAUAAAGAGAAUCAACAUAAGGGUUCAGACUGUACAUUAUCAGGACAGGCUCAGACAGCGCUGGGUUUAUAUCUAAUGUAGGGGAUUUGACUGCAUAUUGUAAAGACUAGCUGAGACUAUAAUAUCCAUGCAUAUAAAGGGUUGAUGGUCUAUCUGUGUAAUUUAUUUUCUUAGUAACCCGAAGGCGUCUCUCAGACAACAUGGCGCAGUUAACACAAGACCUUGGUAAAGCAUUUUUCCAGAAGCAGCAACUUAAUGCUUCAAUGGCUGACACUUUCCUGGAACAUCUCUGUCUGCUGGACAUCGAUUCCGAGCCCACCACAGCCCGGAACACAAGCAUUAUCUGCACCAUCGGUAAUACUUACUUGAGCUAAGGCAUGAUAUCUCACCCUUAACUCUCAAAAUAUAUAAUUAGUGGGUUUUAAUGGUGGGGCCGAGUCCUAUACUAGUACUAACACAACUGAGAUUUUCACUCCUUUCUGACAGCCCUAGUCCUUCCUGAGCCUCUCGGAGACUUCCUUUACACCCCUCUAGCCUGUACAUUGGCCAUUGUCAUAAACUGAACUCUAGCCUUUCAUGGACUGUUUUCAAGGGAGACCUGUCUUGUUUCGGGCUCUAGCUGUAUACUAAGCCACUGUUGUGGGGGCCUUACCUUGCAUUUAUCCCUUAUCUUUGGGCCCCUUUGUAUCUAAAGCAUCAAAAAAAUAGAUUCAAUGUACUCGGUGUAACUUUUCAAUGUGUAUUCUUUCCUAGGACCAGCAUCACGCUCCGUUGAGAUGUUAAAAGAAAUGAUAAAAGCUGGAAUGAAUAUUGCUCGGUUAAAUUUCUCUCAUGGUUCCCACGAAGUAAGUAGAGCGAAGUUCUAGUUGUGUUUUCGGAGUGUUGGUCUAUGGAAUAUUGCACAUGUUGAUGGGUUUCUUAUUCGAAAUACUUUCUUCUUUAUGUCUAGUAUCAUGCUAGCUCUAUAAAAAAUGUGCGUGAAGCUACGGAGAGCUUUGCGGCCAAUCCCAUGUUCUAUCGACCAGUGGCCAUAGCUCUGGACACAAAGGGACCUGAAAUUCGCACUGGUGUCAUAAAAACGGUAAGGGAAAGUCUCUAGUACUAUGUAUUUCUUAGUAAUUCUGACCUCCUAUCCCUAUUAUUUCCAUUUUUAUGUCUACCGCAUCUUGCUUUCAUUAAUCUUUCAAUAUUUUUUCCCUCAGGGAGAAAACGAUGAGGUGGAGCUGGUGAAAGGGACGGUUGUGAAAGUUACAACAGACGAGACCCUUUGGAACCAGUGUGAUGAAAAGACUCUGUGGGUGGAUUACAAAAACAUCUCUAAAGUGGUUAAGGUCGGCGGCAGAAUCUUCGUAGAUGAUGGGCUUCUGUCUCUGCUUGUUAAAGAGAUUGGUGAGUACUGGUUUUGGAAGAGGGUACAACUGAGGUCAAGAUGGGAAUAUUAAAGGUACAGGUUUUUUAAUAGGACCUGAAUGGUAACUUACUAGAGAAAUGAUCAUGGUCAAACUGGUGGGAUAGUAUGGGUGGUUUAGUGCUUAUGGUGCAUGAGUCGACUCCAAGAGAGGAGGAAUUGGGUAGUGGGGCUCCAAAGAAGAGGAAGGGGAGUUUAAAGUUCUAUAAAGUGUAAAAAAUAGGGGUUAUAGGUUUUUUUUGGAGGUAUGAAAUCAUGGCAGCUUACAGAAAAUCCACAUCUUCUCUCAUGGGAAGGUCCUGGUUAUUGUUUGGCGGAGGUGGAGAAUGGAGGAAAUCUCUGCAGCAGGAAAGGAGUGAAUCUGCCAGAGGCGGAAGUGGAUCUCCCUGCUCUUUCAGAGAGAGACAAACAGGACCUUAAAUUUGGAAUUGAGCAAGGAGUAGAUAUGGUAUUCGCCUCUUUCAUCCGUAAGGCUCAGGAUGUCCAUGCUAUCCGUGAGGCACUUGGAGAGGCUGGUCGGAAUAUCCGCAUUAUCAGCAAGAUUGAGAAUCAUGAAGGAGUAAAGAGGUGCCUUUUCUUCCAUUGGACUAUAUGUAAAGCUCUUCUACUUUAUUCUCAGCUUACCACUUUAACUCCUUAAUUCUAUACUUCCUGCUGUCUCUUUCUUAGACUAAAGGGUGUUCCUACUACCAUGCCCACGAAAACUGCUUUUGCUUCUGUGGGCCCUGUCCCCACCUCCUUUCCUGACUGCUGAUUGGUCUCAUCUUGCUCCACCCUCUGCUGUUAGAUAUAGUCCUACCUUGAUCUCCCCUACCUGGGUUUUAUCCUCCUCGUUCAGCUGCUGUGUCCAGGGGUGUCGAUAGGUGGCAAAAUGGCCAGGGGCUUCAGCCCAAGAGUUAAGUUUAUGGCUCCACCUGAAAGCAACCAUGUGUUGUGCUCAAAAUCAAACACUAACUUAAUUGUUCUAUAAAUCACACUGUGACCCCAACCUCUCAUUGAAUUCAGAGCCUAUAUUUAAUAAACCCUAAAUCUGCUGAGUUAACUUUAAGCCAUGCUGUAUUAACCUUUCAACCCACAGCAAAACCUCCACACUGUGUGGUAUAAUUAACUUCAGUUAUGGUGCAAUAAAGUGGCAUUUUCACAAAUUGUAUAACUGGAAUUAUUUCUCUCGCACCAUUACAAGGGACACUGGGCUUACAAUAUGAUGGUGCCAGAUUUAGACACAUGCCUUUUCAAGACCACACUCUGGUCUCCAGCCCUUGUCAGCACCCCACUAUCAAUGUCCCUGGCUUAGUCUCAUUCUCACCUAUCUCCAGCCAAGCAUCAUCCCCCCCCCUUCCUCGCAGCCGGCUGUUGAGUCUCAUCCCUGCCUCCCUUACUGCCGGCUGUGGAGUCUCAUCCCUCCCUCCUCGCUACCGGCUGCUGAGUCCCUCACUGCUGAGUCUCAUCCCUCGCUGCUGGCUGCUGAGUCUCAUCCGUCCCUCCUUCGCUGCUGGCUGCUGAGUCUCAUCCCUCCCUCGCUGCCAGCUGCGGAGUCUCAUCCCUCCCUCCCUCCCUCGCUGCUGAGUCUCAUCCCUCCCUCCUCGCUACCGGCUGCCGAGUCUCGUCCCUCCCUCCCUUGCAGCCUGCUGCUGUGUCCUUUCUUUACUUUUUGCUGCAUUGCUUUACCCCAUCCUUCAGCUUUCUGGCUCCUGCUCACAGUUGUAGUUCUUUUAAAGGUUUGAUGAGAUUCUGGAAGCCAGUGAUGGGAUCAUGGUUGCACGUGGUGAUCUUGGAAUUGAAAUUCCUGCAGAAAAGGUUUUCCUGGCACAAAAGAUGAUGAUUGGACGCUGCAACCGAGCUGGCAAACCAGUUAUUUGUGCCACCCAGGUGAGACCAUAUCAUUCCCAUGCAGGCUUCCUGCCUAUCUCACUCGAGUUGCUCCUGUUCUGUUUAUGACCUGCUAUGUGAUAUAUUCCUGAGUUAAAGAAACACUAUAGGGUCAGGAACACAAACCUGUAUUCCUGACCCUAUAGUGGUAAAACAAGUAUCUUGCCCGCCUAAAUAUAGUAAAAUUUUACUUUUAUUCAUGUCUGCGGCUGCUAGCUCUGCCCCUGAUCUGCCUGCUUGGCUGACCUAACCAGAUGCGGUGUUGUGAGACAAUCCCAAUUCUUCCCCAUAGGAAAGCAUAGGAUUUGCAGAUGCUGUCAAGGAGGCAGAUCAGGGGCAAAUCCAGUACAAGCUAAACACAGCCCUGACCAAUCAGCAUCUCCUCAUAGAGAUACAUUGAAUCAAUGCAUUUCUAUGAGGAAAGUUCAUUUUCUGCAUGCAGAGGGUGGAGACACUGAAUGGCAGUGCUGCACACUAGGCAGGUCUGUCUCAGGAAGUACUUCUAGCAGCCAUCUGAGGAGUGGCCAGUGGAGGUAGUAAUGUAAAGCUGUAAUGUAAACACUGCACUUUCUCUGAAAAUAUUUUUUGUUUACUGUAAAAAGCCUGAAGGGACUGACUAUACUCACCAGAACAAAUCCAAUAAGCUGUAGUUGUUCUGGUGACUAUAGUGUCUCUUUCACACGAUUCUAUAUGUUAAUGAUGCUGUACACCUCAUUCAGGAUUUUAUUAUCUUUGUUUUACCUAUUUGAUGCCAAAGAAUCUCAGUCCAAGCCUAGGAUCAUUGAAUCAUUCAGUAUUUUAGGAGGUGCUUAAUGGUUCUAAUCUGCUUUACAUGGACCAUAAUAAGCACCAAAGUGGCUGUAGUAUUUGGACUAAAGAGGUUGGAUUUGGCAUUAGGAUUGUGUUUGUGUAAUUAACCUAUCACACCUUCAUGUGGUGUUUGUUAAUGUAUGGAAUUAACAUGUUACUACUGCUCCAUUCCCUAUUCACACGGUGAGAAUGUACAGAAUGAACCGCUCACUGCUCCAUUCCCUAUUCAUACGGUGAGAAUGUACAGAAUGAACCGAUCACUGCUCCAUUCCCUAUUCACACGGUGAGAAUGUACAGAAUGAACCGCUCACUGCUCCAUUCCCUAUUCAUACGGUGAGAAUGUACAGAAUGAACCGCUCACUGCUCCAUUCCCUAUUCACACGGUGAGAAUGUACAGAAUGAACCGCUCACUGCUCCAUUCCCUAUUCACACGGUGAGAAUGUACAGAAUGAACCGCUCACUGCUCCAUUCCCUAUUCACACGGUGAGAGUGUACAGAAUGAACCGCUCACUGCUCCAUUCCCUAUUCACACGGUGAGAAUGUACAGAAUGAACCGAUCACUGCUCCAUUCCCUAUUCACACGGUGAGAAUGUACAGAAUGAACCUCACUGCUCCAUUCCCUAUUCACACGGUGAGAAUGUACAGAAUGAACCUCACUGCUCCAUUCCCUAUUCACAUGGUGAGAAUGUACAGAAUGAACCGCUCACUGCUCCAUUCCCUAUUCACACGGUGAGAAUGUUUAGAAUGAACCGGUCACUGCUCCAUUCCCUAUUCACACGGUGAGAAUGUACAGAAUGAACCGCUCACUGCUCCAUUCCCUAUUCACACGGUGAGAAUGUACAGAAUGAACCGAUCACUGCUCCAUUCCCUAUUCACACGGUGAGAAUGUACAGAAUGAACCGAUCACUGCUCCAUUCCCUAUUCACACGGUGAGAAUGUACAGAAUGAACCGAUCACUGCUCCAUUCCCUAUUCACACGGUGAGAAUGUACAGAAUGAACCGAUCACUGCUCCUAUUCACACGGGUGAGAAUGUACAGAAUGAACCGAUCACUGCUCCAUUCCCUAUUCACACGGUGAGAAUGUACAGAAUGAACCGAUCACUGCUCCAUUCCCUAUUCACACGGUGAGAAUGUACACCUCACUGCUCCAUUCCCUAUUCACACGGUGAGAAUGUACAGAAUGAACCUCACUGCUCCAUUCCCUAUUCACACGGUGAGAGUGUACAGAAUGAACCGAUCACUGCUCCAUUCCCUAUUCACACGGUGAGAGUGUACAGAAUGAACCGAUCACUGCUCCAUUCCCUAUUCACACGGUGAGAAUGUACAGAAUGAACCUCACUGCUCCAUUCCCUAUUCACACGGUGAGAAUGUACAGAAUGAACCGAUCACCGCUCCAUUCCCUAUUCACACGGUGAGAAUGUACAGAAUGAACCUCACUGCUCCAUUCCCUAGUCACACGGUGAGAAUGUACAGAAUGAACCGCUCACUGCUCCAUUCCCUAUUCACACGGUGAGAAUGUACAGAAUGAACCGAUCACUGCUCCAUUCCCUAUUCACACGGUGAGAAUGUACAGAAUGAACCGAUCACUGCUCCAUUCCCUAUUCACACGGUGAGAAUGUACAGAAUGAACCGAUCACUGCUCCAUUCCCUAUUCAAAUGGUGAGAAUGUACAAAAUGAACCGAUCACUGCUCCAUUCCCUAUUCACACGGUGAGAAUGUACAGAAUGAACCGAUCACUGCUCCAUUCUCUAUUCACACGGUGAGAAUGUACAGAAUGAUCCGAUCACUGCUCCAUUCCCUAUUCACACGGUGAGAAUGUACAGAAUGAACCGAUCACUGCUCCAUUCCCUAUUCACAUGGUGUGAAUGUACAGAGUGAACCGAUCCCUGCUCCAUUCCCUAUUCAGAUGGUGAGAAUGUACAGAAUGAACCGAUCACUGCUCCAUUCCCUAUUCACACGGUGAGAAUGUACAGAAUGAACCGAUCACUGCUCCAUUCCCUAUUCACAUGAUGAGAAUGUACAGAAUGAACCGAUCACUGCUCCAUUCCCUAUUCACACGGUGAGAAUGUACAGAAUGAACCGAUCACUGCUCCAUUCUCUAUUCACACGGUGAGAAUGUACAGAAUGAUCCGAUCACUGCUCCAUUCCCUAUUCACAUGGUGUGAAUGUACAGAGUGAACCGAUCCCUGCUCCAUUCCCUAUUCAGAUGGUGAGAAUGUACAGAAUGAUCCGAUCACUGAUCCAUUCCCUAUUCACACGGUGAGAAUGUACAGAAUGAACCUAUCACUGCUCCAUUCCCUAUUCACACGGUGAGAAUGUACAGAAUGAUCCGAUCACUGAUCCAUUCCCUAUUCACACGGUGAGAAUGUACAGAAUGAACCGAUCACUGCUCCAUUCCCUAUUCACAUGAUGAGAAUGUACAGAAUGAACCGAUCACUGCUCCAUUCCCUAUUCACAUGAUGAGAAUGUACAGAAUGAACCGAUCACUGCUCCAUUCCCUAUUCACAUGGUGAGAAUGUACAGAAUAAACCAGUCACACCUUCUAUCCUGUAAUGUAUGGAAUGAAUAAAAAAAAAGGAAUAUAUUGCACUCUUGGGAAUCUCAUAAGUAAUGAACAUGGAUAGUUGCUUAUUUAUUGUGGGAAAAAGAUAAUAGAAAUACACCAGGCAGUAAACAAAAUAAGGAAAUUAAAUCCAAAUCCAGGCAAAACAAAUGACGGCCUUGUCUCAUUUUCUUAUUUAGAUGCUGGAAAGUAUGAUUAAAAAGCCACGCCCAACCCGCGCAGAGAGCAGUGACGUGGCGAAUGCCGUGCUGGAUGGAGCAGACUGCAUUAUGUUGUCCGGAGAGACCGCCAAAGGGCUCUAUCCUGUUGAGGCUGUACACAUGCAGCAUGCGGUAAGUCAUGGCGUCCUGCAAUAUCCAGAGAGACUGGUGUCUUCUGAGUUUUCAGUUGAUGGAAUAGUCUAUGGCAGGGAUAGGCAACCUUCGGCAUUCCAGAUGUUGUGGACUACAUCCCCCAUAAUGCUAUUACAUCCAUAAUGCUGGCAGAGCUUCAUGGGAGGUGUAGUCCAAAACAUCUGGAGUGCUGAAGGUUGCCUAUGCCUGGUCUAUGGGAUGGGUGUAUAUUGUAUUGUAGGCUUGUGGCAGGAGAUGGUUAUCACGGUACGGACUGUGUGCUGUGGUGGAGCAGUCUCCAUUGAAUGGUCCACAUGUAUGAUGUAUCCUGGGUAGUGACCGUAGGGUGAGAUGGGUUCCGUGCGAUGGCCAAGGUGUUUCCUCUAUUGUGGGAUGGAUUCUGUUGGAUCAUCAGUCUCAGUGGGAUGAUCUGGGGGUGUGAUUAUAUUGUGGCAUGGAAUGUAUAUUGUAUUGUGGUUUCCUUUGAACAAGAGGAGACCAGAGACCGGUUCUUACGUCUUGCUCUCAUGCCCCAUCACACUGCUCAGGGAUGGUUUAUUACCGGCUAUGGACAUGUUCCCAGUUGCAGUGUGUCAGUUGGAAGUUAAAGAGAAUUUAUUGUAUUGACUCGUAUAUGCUUUUUCGCUAGCAGUCAGUUAGAAUUUAAUUACAUUCACCAUUAAAAGGUAAGUGUUAUUAACUAAAGUGAGAAUUCAAAGUGUAUUUCAGAUUUAGGGUCAAAGUAGCAGAACUGGAGAAAUUCUCAUUCAGCUAUGCUUUCAGUUCCUCUACUUUUGUUUGAAAUUUUAAAUUCACUUUGAAUUCUUUCUUGAAUAACUCAGCAAGUGAAACUAUUUUGCAAAGUUGCCUGCAAGGUCUGUUCUUUUAGUGUCUGGUAAUGAAUGACUGAUUUUUUUUUUUUUAAUUUCGAUGGUUGAUUGUAAUGAAUGAGUUGUGCUCAUUUUGUUAGAAUAAUACAAUAAUGACCAGUUUUGCCGUUGGUGAAUAAUAUUAAAUUUAUUUUUGUAAUAACCGAAGUGGGAAUUCAAAUGGAAUUCCAAAUUCAAGGCCAAAGUAGCGGAAACUGGCUGCAUGGCAAAAAAUGUUUCCAGUUCGGCUAUUUUCCCUUGCACUUGAAAUUCACUUUGAAUUCUCACCUGAGUAAAUAACCCCAUCCGAUAUUCAAUCCAAAGUUUGUCAAUCCUGGACCACAUUCAGUCCUUGGUGAAUAAUCCGGUGUGUCCUGGGGUGUGUUCACAGAUUGCUCGGGAAGCAGAGGCGGCUAUAUACAACCAGCAGCUAUUUGAGGAGUUGCGCAGGGUGACUCCCUUAACCCAGGAUCCCACGGAGGUGACCGCGAUCGGGGCUGUGGAGGCAUCAUUUAAAUGCUGUGCAGGAGCCAUCAUUGUUCUGACCACAUCUGGCAGGUGAGAGUUGGCCCAGGGACAGUUCAUGAAUAGGCGCUGAUUACUUUGUGUUCCUCUCGCUAAUUCUGUCUAUGUAUUAUGCUCUAACCCUGUCUGCCUGUGUAAUAAACUCUAUGCCUCGUAUUAACUCUUUUGUUUGGGCAUUAUGCUCUAGCCCUCUUGCAAAUCCGAUCUUUAUUAGUCUCAUUAUCUUCAUUAUCUUAUUAAUCCUUCUGUCUGAGCAUUGUGCGCUGUCCCUCUCUCCAAACCUGGUCUUCUGCUUGAAUUACAAGCUUUCCUAAAGUCGUCUUGUGAUAGCUGAAACAUUCUCAUUUAAAAGGUAAUGAUUAUAAAUUGUUAUAUGAAGAUUUAACGUUUGUUGUGAUCUGCUACUUUGAAAGCUUCUAAUGGCUGUAACACUUAGAUUUAAAAGCGGUUAGGAUUAAUUUUUGUUUUAAUUUUUUUUUUUUUUAUAUCCGUGGAAAACCAAAAUCUAAAUGACCAGACCUCACUGUCCCUCCUCCUUAGCAGUGUUUAUUAGCAGUGUUUAUUUAGCUGCACGUCCAAUAAUGUUCUCUACAGGCCAGUAAGCUGUCUGCUCUCUCAGCUCACUCAGGAAAUAAAUCAGCUCCCACUGGCAGGAAGGCAAUUCAAACUAAAAACCUUAUGCUUAUACUAAAUGAAUGUAGUCAUUGCAAACCUUUAAAGCAGUAUACAAUAAUAAUUUAAAAUUCUAGAAUACAGAAUUACCCUAAAUGGAAGAGCAUCUUAUAAUCUGCUUGUUUGGGAGGGCUGUAGGUUUUGUGAAUCCUGCCUAAAAACUGGCUGGUAAACUCUCCUGCUAACUUUUAUAAAACACUUGAUUAAAAUAGAAUUUAUUCUAAAUAAAUAUUAAUUUUAUAAUAUUAGCGUUUACUACAAUAAAUUUUCAACCCCCCCACCCACCUGUAAAAUUUUAAAGGUAUACUAUAAAAAAAACAACUUAAAAAUGAAUAUCAAUGAAGUGGAUUUGGUAAGUAUAUCAUGCCUCUGCAGUCUCACUGCUCAAUUCUCUGCCAUUUAGGAGUUAAAUCUCUGUUUAUGCAGCCCUAAACACCUCUCCUGCAUGUGACUUGCACAGCCUUCCUUAAUACUUCCUGGAAGUUUAAUGUUUAUACUUCCUUUAUAGGACUUUCUGUUUAAAAUUUUAGUAUCUGUUUUGUUUAUGGUCUGUUGGAGAUUGCAGGAGCAUCCUGUCUGUAAUUGUAGUUUAACUUGGUUAAAAGUAAAGUGAGAGUUGAUCGAAUUGACACAAUUUUUUCCAUGGAGGACAUGUCUCAGCUAAUGAAGGUGUGACUAGAGCUGCAAAUACAAAAGCUAAAAGGGGGGCAGGGCUAGCGGCUGAGCUGACAAAAGCUGCUCUACAAAAGCCUCAUGGCUCACCCAAAAAGCCUCCAGAUACCGACAAAUCACUUACAGAGGAUACACCAAACAAUGGGGAAGCACUCCAAAAAACCCCGAGGGCAAAACACGGGCCACACACAAGAUAUCGGGCAGCUCCUGUCCCAAGCAUGUAUGCCCAAGAUGGCGGACGCCUACCACGACAUGGGGAUGGAGUCACUUUCGGCAUCGGACGAUGAAUACCUUGGUGACAUACCAACCCAGAUACCCCAACGGAGGCUGCAGAAUGCACUGCCGAAACAACCUGACCACCAGGCCCGGACUGGCCAUCGGCAUACCGGGCAAAUGCCCGGUGGGCCGCCAUGGCCGUGGGGCCGAGGCCGGCAGGGGAUCUCCCCAGCCGGCCCCUGCAGGGACCUGCUGUGUGCCUCCAUGGGCCGGUGGGGAGAUCAAACAUCUCCCUCACGGGCCCACAGACAGGGAGAUGCGGCCGCAGGCUGGGUGAGGGAGGGAAGGAGGAGAGAGGACCCGGCGGAGCUCUAACAAUUAGUAAAAAAUAUAUAUUUAAAUUUAAAUAAAUACAUUCACACCCAGACACAGCACCCCCCAGACACACACAGCACCCCCCCAGACACACACACAGCACCCCCAGACACACACAGCCCAGACACACACACAGCCCCCACACACACAGCACCCCCCAGACACACACAGAGCGCCCUCCCACACACACACACAGCGCCCUCCCACACACACACACACAGCACCCUCCCACACAUAUACAGCACAUAUAUAUAUAUAUAUAUAUAUAUGUGCUGUAUAUGUGUGGGAGUGUAAAAUAACCCUCAGUGAGUUAACAGACAAAGAAAAUUAGAAACCUAGAAUGUGACAGCAGAUAAAAACACCCUCACACACAGCACCCCUCUUACAUACACACACUGCGCCCCUCACACAUACAAUAAGUCCAAAUAUAUAUAUAUAUCCAUCCAUACACACACACACUACAGCACCCCUCACACUGCACCACUACACACAUUACGCUCCAGAUACACACUAGAUCCCUUACCCUAAAUGCACUCUUAAUCCUCUACACACACACACACUGGGUCCUUUACACAGUAGAUCUCCUACACACACACACUACAUUCCUUGUCAGCAAACACAUACAACAUUCUCUAAACACACCCUCUCUGCAACCCCUACACACACUCCGUCACCUAUACACACACACUUCAGCCCGUAUGCACACACUCGCUGCAUCCCCUAGCCACACAUAUUACACCACAAACACAAAUUAAAUUGACCUUUUUACACAAUACCACACCACACUCUACACACACGCAAUCCCACAAGCAGGCUCCAAACAUAUGCACCAGGCACUUUCCUGGCCCUUUUGUCCUCUGGUAUCCCACUUGUGGAGACACCAGAGACAAUUUAAAAACAAACACAGUGCAAGCAUGUUAUUAAAUUUGCUUGCGCUGCGCAGAACAAAUUCAGGGCCUUUUUCUAAUGCCAGAGCUCUUCAGCAGGGCUCUGGGCAUUGAACCAACAUGCUCACUUUGAGAGGGGGCGUGUUGUCAUUAGUGAUGACAAAAAACACACUCACUGGCCCCGCCCCCUUCUUAGGGGGCCUCUCUGAUUGAAAAAUGCCCGGGCCUAAUUUUUUUCCCAGUCCGGCCCUGCUGACCACCAACUAGCCACUAAGGUCGACCUGUCAGGGAUGGUGACAGACCUCAAGGCCUUUUUCGCUGCAGAACUCGCAGGCCUCAAGUCUGAGCUAAAUACGCUCACGGGCCGCAUACAAGCCGCAGAAGCCGGGGUCCAGGACCUGAAAGCCCAGCAAGAAGCUACCGCCAAUCAAACUCUAGAACUAACAGCCAUGUGCACGCAGAUGAACUCCCGAAUGGGGCAGCUGAAGGAUGCAGCAAGGCAAAAAACUGUCAAGGUGAGGGGGAUCCCAGACACCGUAACAAUAGAGGAACUACCGCAUCUCAUUAAGAGACUGCUCCAGGCCGCCCUACCACCCAAACAGGCCAAAAGCAUAACUCUAGAUGGCCUAUUUCGCAUACCGGGACGCCCACACAACGCACCUGAUUCCGCAAGAGAUGUCAUAUUAAACUUCAAAACCCGCACAGAUAAGGAUGGCUUUCUCUGGGCCGUCAGGGGCCAGACCCCAUUUGCAUUUGAAGACCUCAACCUGAACUUUUAUCAAGACCUCAGCCGCCAGACGCUACAAUGGCGUGCAUCCUUAAAAGAAACCACGGCACAACUAAGAACAGCAGAGAUACCAUAUAAAUGGGGAUACCAAAGGCUUCUUAUCGCUACGCGAGAUGGGCAUCACCGGAAGAGGCUCCACAAUUUCUGCAGGUGCUGGGCAUCCAACAGAAGGCAGGGGCCAAGACAAGACCUCCACACAAGUGGGACGUAGCUAAUGUUCCGGACUUUACUCCUGCGGGACAGAUAACACCAGCGGGACAGGGGCCAGUGCAGCCCCGGGACACUUGAACCGACUGAGCAGCCGUCGGAUAAAGAGACAUUGCAACCAAAACCUCCAUCCUGGUGUUGUCACAUAUUGGGCGAGUUGGAGCUUGGCUCCCACAUCUACGUAUUAUGCUUUGCUUUAUUGUGUUUGUUUUUCAUUUUUAUUUCUCUUGGUAUUCUACUUGAUUUACUUAUGGUUUAGUAUCAACAACCUAAACCUAAGGAACCAUUAUACAUAUAGUGUCAUUAAGCCCAUGGCACCAAUGUCACGAAACCCCACUCAGCAGCCAGGCAGAUGGCUUACCUCCCCCAGACUCCGGGGUUAAGGAGUCAUUAAACCAUGCCACAUACCACUAUCGCCUCUAGCCGCUAUAGCGCGCACGCCCCUAGAGCUUGUCCCCAACCCCACCCCAAGCUAAGUAGGACAGGGGCAGACAACAAUACGGCCAUACAGGCCACCAGAAGUGGCACAGGCAAGGUUACACCACCUAAUAUAUUCUAACCUGUUACAUAUUCACUUUUAGUUCUUGCAACACUCAAGAAAAAUUAUAAAAUUGUGCUACUACCUGCUUUAGUACGUCACACUGCUGUUUAACUAUGUCUUUAACUACUGUGCACGCAGCUGUUGUUGUGACACUGCCUGCUCUUGUGUUUAACCUGCACUUUCAAAAAAAAUAAAUAAAAAACAAAACAAAAAAACAGCUAAAGUGAUUUAACUCCUGGCAAGUGGCAAAUUUAGCAGUGGGACUGCAGGGGCAUAAACUAUGCACCAAAACUGCUACCUUUAAAAGUUAAACUCUCCUUUCACCCAGCAGCGUCCCAGUCCUCCUCUUCGGGCGUCAUUGCUUCCAUAGAACCACAGUUGCCCUGCUGGCCAAUUGGAUUCUUCUCACAGGGAAGCUUUAUCCUAAUGCAUUUUCCAUGGGGCACGUUCUGUGUCAUCAUCCACAUGAUGAUGAGAAACGUGACCGCAUUCAAAAAUCAAAUGUGCUCUGGGAUCAGUGUCUCUCUAGUUUGACAGCCACUACAGCCAGCCUUAGUAACAAAUGUAAACAUUGCUGGGUCUUUACAGCAAAACUAUUUUACCAUGUAGUAGUUUUGGUUCUUGGAGUCCCUUUAACAUAGUUUACUUUACCAAAUCAAGGCUUCCAGCGGCCAUAUCCCGUGUAUGAUAAACCAUUUUUGUGCAUGUGUUAUUUAUAAUUUUAUAUGUAUCCUUAGCACAGACUAAAUAUCCUUAUUAUAAAAAAAAUGACGCAGAUCCUCACCUGGGUCUGCUCAAAUGAUAAACCCUUCUAACUAGAGUGGAAAUGGGAAUAGGCUGGAACCUAUUGUUGGCUCUCUGGGUGAGGGACCGCAUACACUGCAAAGCUGUUUUCACUACAUUUGCUGUAGCGAUAGUUUCCACUUGCUGAUCCUUUUUAUAUUUGUCCUAGGUCAGCUCAGCUGCUCUCCCGUUACCGCCCUCGCGCUCCCAUCAUUGCGGUGACACGGAAUGACCAGGUAGCACGUCAGGCUCAUCUGAGCCGUGGAGUUUUCCCUGUUCUUUACCGCGAGAAGCAGCUUGAAGUCUGGGCAGAUGAUGUGGAUCGCAGGGUGCAGUUUGCCAUUUCAAUUGGUAAGUAUCGCAAAGAUUUAAUGAUCAAAGUCACACACCGGUAACAAAGAAUCCUACACUGUGCAAUGGUAUAGAUCAGGGGUUCCCAAACCAAUCCUCAAGGCUCCCCUACUAGUCCAGGAUUGAAGGCGACAUAACUAUUUUGCUAGCUGAUUUACGCAUGGCCUCUCUUACGAAACUGACUCUGCUCUACUUUGUCCAUUUAAAAUGUUUAGCAGUAAUUGGGAUUGUAAUAACAAACUUAAUCCAUGCUUUAAUUAUAUUCAGUUCAUAGAAGCAGAGCUUUAUUGGAUUAUGAGAUCAUUAGUAUCUACUGAUAGUAAACUAAUAUAAUCCAUAGUACAGCAGGCUGAAUACUAUCCAAUACAGGAUACUAUGACUCCAUUAGUAUCAGCGGAGUGCUCUUGGCCAAUGAAUGUGCAUCUGGGCAUUAAAUAUGCACAGAAUUGAAAUAGCUAGACUGGAACUCUUGUUUGAGUUUGGCUAGUGACGUACUAAUGACAUUGCCAGAGGUGGAGUUACAGCUUUGGCCGCAAUAUAAUAUCUCUCUGUAUGUCAUAAUGAAACCAUGCACAUUCAAACACCACUGAAGUGGUUGUGGUGCGUGGUCACAGUCCCUUAAAACAAAGGAUCUCCAACCACCCCACUCCACCACCACCACCAUCGCAGUGCUUUUUCUGGAGAUCGAAUCCGAUGCUCUGUGGACCUGAUGCAAAUGUGCGAACAGCACUGCGCAUAUAUCAAAUUUCAACAUAGGAAUGCAUUGAAUCUAUGCUUUGCUUUGGGGGGCUGCAAUCAAGUGACCGUUUUAUACAUUACCUAUAAGCUGCGCCUAAUACAUCACAGUAAAACAUAAAAUAUAGGAAGAGCAAUAGUAUACAGUGGUAUAAAAUCUGGUAUAAAAAUAAAAUAAAAAUCAAUAGGUGAAUAACGUCACCUUAAAGGGACGAUCCAGUGCCAGGAAAACAUCAAUGCUUUCUUAUUGGGAUUCCGGCGAUGCUGGAGGUCCUCACAUAGCAUGAGGACGUCCAGCAUAGUUUAAAACAUUUUUCAUGUUCUAAGAACACGGAAGUCCCUCUAGUGGCUGUCUGAUAGAGGAGGACUUAACCCUGCAAGGUAAUUAUUGCAGUUUAUAAAAACUGCAAUAAUGACACUUGCAUGGUUAAGGGUGGUGGGAGUUGGCACUCAGACCACUUCAAUGGGCAGAAGGUCUGGGUGCCUGGAGUGUCCCUUUAAUAUUGCAGAGUCCACCUUCAGUCUGAAUAAGUAAAUGACAAUUUCUCUUAUUUUCUGCAAGUCACACGAAGAGAUGCCUAGAUGGUGUGAAAUGCUGAGAUCCAUAACCUGAAAUGUGCCUAGUAGACUAUAGCUUGUUUGCAAUACUAAUCAAACCGUAAUAAACACGUGAGGAACCCUUUCAGUAGUCCAAAGUAGCAAAUACUGGUUAUGGUUACUGCUAUGGUAAUAAAGUUGCCAGACGUCACUCUUGCAGUAUUACAUGCUUCAACAUUCCUGUAGAGGGUUACUGAGCAGUUUGCAGCUUAAUAUUCUCUGCUAUGUUAAAGGAACACGAAGAACCUGACCUUCUGAAAGUUGCCUUACGAAUAGAACUUAUUCACAGUGGGCAUAUAAACAGAGAAGGCUCCGCACGUGCAAAAAUUUUCUUGAAAAAGUUAAACCACUUUGUAGCGGUCAGUGACAAUCGGAGGUCCAAGUUGUACACCCACUGCAGAACCUCUUCAGCGUUCUCCAUGUACCUGUCGGGUAACUAGGCUAUCGGGUGCUUUUUAUUUAUUUAUUUUGUCUUGCUUCCAAGACUUUCUCAAUCUAAAUGUCCAUGCUUAUAUUGCCAAAUACGGAGAUGUUAAAAAUAAUAAAUAUAUAUACACAAAAAACAACAAAUAGAAGUAUAAAUCAGGACACAUAUCUGAAUCCAUAGAAAAGAAAGCUAAAUACAAAUAAGUUGCACAUCCUUUUAAAUAUUGCUUAAAGGAUCACUGUAAUGUCAGGAAAACAAAGCGGUUUUCCUGACACUAUAGUGCCCUGAGGGUACACUUACCCUCAGACUCCCCCUCCCGUGGCGCUGAAGAGGUUAAAACCCCCUUCAGUAGCUUACCUUAUUCCAGUGCAGGGCUCCCUCUGCUCCCCCGCCAACGUCUGCUCCCAAGUGGAACGGAAUGCGCAUGCACAGCAAGUGCUGUGCGCAUUCAAACAGUCCAUAGGAAAGCAUUUCUCAAUGCUUUCCUAUGGACGCUCUUCGCAUCCAGCAUCGCAGAUGCGCCUCUAGCGGCUUUCGGGAAGACAGCCACUAGAGGUUGGCUUAACCCCUAAUGUAGGUUUAACCCCUAAUGUAAACCUAGCCGUUUCUCUGAAAUGGCUAUGUUUAUAUCUGAAGGGUUAAGACAUGAGGGACCUGGCACCCAGACCUCUAUAUUGAGCUGAAGUGGUCUGGGUGACUAUAGUGUCCCUUUAAUUGUCCCAGUAUAUAAUUCUCUUGUAGAAAUGUGAGGUGUCUAUAGAACAGUAUACAUUGUCCAUAUUGAAAGACACUUUAACCAUUAACACUGAAAUAUUGUUUCAUAUCUCAACAGCAGAUAAAGGCGUUAGAGGUUGUUUUAUAGCAAAGAGUUGCUUGAAAAGGAAUGAAAUUAGAUUGAAAUAAAGUAAGGAAUAAAAUGGAGAGAAAGAUAACAAAUUUAAAUAUAAAAAUAACUUUAACAAGUUGAAAAAUAUGCUUCCAUCUUUGCUGGUAAAAGCAUGCCUAUUUUUAAAGAUUUAUUUAUAUAUUGUUAUAUUUAUUUUCACAUGCAGAGCCCAGUUCAUAUGCUCACUGAAGUUCUAUUCGCAAGGCAAGUUUCAGGAGAGGUUCAGGUUCUUAGUAUAUCUAACAUAGCUGAGUUUACUAAGCUGCAAAGCAUUGAAUCGGUGCUUUGCUUUUGGGGCUGCAGUCAGGUGGCUGUCUUACUCUGUUGCUGCAGCAGGAGGCGCCUCUAGCUGUGGUCAGCAUGAGACGAUCUAAAGGAGGAUUUAACCCUACAAUGUAAACCUUGCAGUUUCAAAAAAAUAAAAACUGCUGCCCGUGAUUUACGUUGUAGGGUUAAAACUACAAGAACAUUAAACCCCAGCCACUAAAUUGAGAAGAAGUGCCCUCUGUGAUUUUAAGUGGUCCUUUAAUAUAUAUCACUGUGUGCAUAUGGCCUCCUUGUCCUCAUUGGCUCAGCAUUUGGUAUUUUUGUGUAGCAUGCUAUAACUGUUGCAGGACUCUACCAUUAGGAUAUGGUUCAGCUGAGUGCAUGUGGAGUUUUUAGCGAGGUAUUUUUUUUCUUAAGUUGUAAAGAAACACGAGGGCAAAGUGCAAACCAUUGUCUGGUGUGCCAGACAGGUUUUCAGUGAGAUAUAUUAAUAUAUACCGUAUAUAUUAUAUGAUUGAUAUGAAUGUGAACAGGUUGUUGAGCCAAGGAAAAAUCUGAUUGCCAUAAUGGAGUCAAGAACUAUAUUUAUUUAUUGUCCUUCGUAGCAUAAUUGUAAAUCACUUCAAAUGGGAGGGGGGAGGUUCUUUGGGAUCAACCGCAUAAAAAUAUGGGUUUAAAGGUGAAACUCAAUGGACAUAGUCUUUUUUUAAUCCUUGAUUACUAUGUAACUAUACAACAUGUGUUCUGCAGGUAAGGUCCGUGGUUUCCUCCACAAAGAUGAUGUGGUGAUUUUCCUGACUGGAUGGAGACCUGGCUCUGGAUAUACCAAUAUCAUGCAGGUGGUGCGGGUACCCUAGAGUGCAGGAUCUGCUGUCCUGGAAACAAACUCUGACAUUCCCAAACAUUUCUUAUUAAACAUUUCUGGAAGCUUUACCCAGCGCCUUGGCUCUGAUUGUGUCCUCUCUCUCCUGCGUGACUGUGAU